UGAACCCUAGAUCUCUGAAAUUUUAACGCAACACAUAUUAAAUAUAUUUAUAUCGAUUUUCAAAAUUUUUAAUUGAUAUCAUUAUUUCGACUUAUCUCUCAUACUUCCAUAACAUAUGUAAAUAUAAUUAUAUUUGAAUAGCCCGCGUAAGAGUUCAUUUCUUAAUUCCACGAGGGAUAUUUCGAUCGAACAGGUGAAUCGCGAUGGGACAUCACCCCGACAAUAAUUAAUGGCCGGCAUUGUAUAAUCUAUACUUAUAAAUAGUAUUUUACUUCAAAAGUAAAAAAUAUUAAUUAUUUGCGUGUCAAUACUAUUUUUUAUUGAAUGUUAAUUCUUUGUUUAUUAUUUGUUUAAAAUAAUUCCUGCAAAUCGUUAUUGUUAUAGGGAAUUAUAUGUUAUUUCAGUCUGUCAGGUCUUUGAAUGUAUAUACCCAUAGUCACUAAAAGUUGUGAUGUAGCAUUACUUGAUCGACACAUAACCCUAUAGUCGCUCAAAGACAAUAUCAAUUUACCUAGGAUAAGAAAUGAAACCAGUCAAAAUACCUGGAUUAUUUCCAAAUACAUGGAGAUAUGUAUUCGGUGAGUUUACUUUUCAUAAAAUAAAAGGAUUGAAGAAACCCACAUACAAAUGUACCUACAAACGAGCAUACGAGAAUUGUAAUGUAACGAUUACUAAAGAAGGUGGAAAAUAUAUUCAAAGAGUCCCGAAACACAAUCAUCCCGCACCACCGAACUCAAAAUUAAAACAAUCGUUAGGGAAGAAACUGGAAAACCUAGCUACUACAUCUCAUUUAUCAUCUAAUGAGAUUAUCAAUGUAUUACGUGAAAGUGCUGAACAAUCUGAAGUACGACGUGGUGCCAUGAAAACUCGCGUGUCUCGUACGAGAAAAAAAGCUUUGCCAAAAGUUCCGGAAUACUUUCACCAACUAAAAGAUAUUGUUCGAAAAUAUUCCAAGACGUCAUGUAUUUAUCGUGGACAAAUUGAAGCAGAAGAUGGAUCAUUAGCCAUAAUGCUUUCUACCAGUGAAUUAAUAAAACUGAUGGGAGAUUGUAAUGAAAUCCAAAUUGAUGGAGUAUAUGAGUCUGUCCCUGUUGAACCCUCCAUGGCACAAUUACUAAUAUUCUAUUUGCGGCGUAAUAAUAUCGGAUUACCAUGCCUAUUCAUUCUAUGCAAUUCUACAACUGAAGCUUUAUAUUCGGCAAUAUUUAAAGGUCUCGUAGAGCGCAUACCCACCAUGAAACAAAAUUUAAAAUCAAUAUUUUGUGAUUUUGAACCAGCGUUUAUCGCAGCUGCAAAGAAAUCUUUUGAUAAUGUAAAAUUACAGGGGACUUGGUUCAACUAUAUUAGAGUUGCCAGUAGACUAUGGAGGACUCUGAACUUGAAAGAUAAUUUAAAGCAUGAUAUACUUCGGUAUAGUUGGCUUAUACCAUUACUUCCACCUAAUCGCUAUGAAGAAGCUUUUAAUGAAAUAACCGCUACCAUACAAGAUACCAAUGAAAUAUAUGAUGAAUCUGAGGAGGAUCUUAUUUCAUUUAUACGGUGUCUGAAGGGAUUGAUUGGGUCAAAACCUGAGGCAACUUCCUAUUACAAUAAUCAUCAAAACGCAAUAAAUGUAGCAGAAAAUUUUAAUAGACAUAUUGCUAAUAACCUUGGAGGUUAUAAUCCAAAUUUAUUUACAUAUCUUGAACGAAUAAGAAGAAAUUGCAUUGAUAGCCAUGAAAAAUGGAUGAAGCUAGAGAAUGGAAUAGAAUUAAUUCAAUUCCAACGCAAUCGAUACAUUUUCGUUAAUGGUCAUAUUAUUGAACAGCUGACAAGACUCGAUAGCGGAGAGCUUUCAAUGAUUGAUUUUUUCAAAAAUGCUGCGACAGCUACGAUGAUUGAUGAAAUACUCCACCAGCUUCAAAUCGUUCAAUAUCGAGGUGAUGACAGAAAAUCUAAAAUUCCCGUUGACAUUCUAUUGGCAUCUGAGGAUGGUAAUCAAUUAUCAAAUUUACAACUCUAAAUGCCGCUAAAAAAACCGAGUUGAAGAGAAGGAAAAAAGGUGUGUAAUAUACUACUUCACCAUACCUGUACCUUCACCUGUACCGGAUAUUAUCAAGUGGCCUCAAGGAGAUGAAAUAAAUAAAACAAAAAGUGAUUUUGAAAAUAUUGCGGGUAUGCCAAACGUUAUGGGUGCUAUUGAUGGAACUUUUAUUCCAAUAAAAGCUCCAUCUGAAAACCCUGAAGUAUAUGUCACAAGAAAAUGUAAUACCGCUUUGACAAUGCAAGCUAUUUGUAAUAGUAACUUGAGAUUCACUGAUAUUUUUAUUGGAUACCCUGGAUCGGUACACGAUGCAAGAAUUUUUAAUAAUUCUGACAUUUUUAUAAAUGUCAGCGCCAAUAAAAACCAGUUCUUUCCACCAAACCAUUAUAUUAUUGAAGAUGAAGCAUAUCCACCGCUUGAUUGGUGUGUUGCACCCUUCAUCAAUCGAGGAGGUCUGACCGCAGCUCAAAAACGUUUCAAUUAUAUUCAUGCACAAACUCGACAACCUAUUGAGCGAAGUUUUGCUCUACUUUUCAAUCAUUUCAGACGCUUAAACUAUUUAGAUAUGUCACGUCUAGAUUUAAUUCCGAAGACGGUUUUAGCGGCUUGUGUAUUACAUAAUAUUUGUCUCGAUGAUGAUAACAAUUUUGACGAAUGCGAUGAAAUGGUUAAUAAUAUGAACUUGAUUGAUGACAAUCAAGCAAUGAAUAUGAUUAACGAUGAAAUUGAUAUGAACAUAGCAGAUGAAGAGAUGGUUAUAGAAGGUGAAGAAGACAACUUUGUUGGAUUUGAUCUGAAUGGUUUACAAUUUCGUGAUCAGUUAUGUAAUAUGAUGAACAAUCAAUAAUUGGAAUUCUAGUAUUAUUUAUAAGCAUAACAUUAGAAGAUCAGCUGACUUCAAAACCGCGAGGGUUUAUCAAGAAACCACGAAUUGAUCACGAAUCCAAGGCAAAUAGUCUGAUUGUUGUUAUAUAAUUAAAAACAAAAUGUAAUUACUAAUUUAAAUUGAACGCAAAUUCUUUUGUCAUUAUCAGCUCCUGAGAGACGUAAUACUGAUAAUGUUGUUGAUGAUAUUCUUAAUUCUGAGACUGAGGAAACUAAAGUUACCAUAAAACCUGCGAAAAAAGAAAAUAAUGUAUCUCUUGCUGAAAGAAUGAGACUAACAUCUCUGACAAAUUGUGUUGAACAAUCUCACAUACUUGGAGAGUAAAGUAUGUUAUUACAACUACUAAAUAAAGGAAAAAUUCGCAAACUAUUUUGUGGGGACUACCAGGACGUGGCAAAGUAUAUCGAUUUUAUUGACCUGAAAUCUCUUUUUGCGAGGAUUAAUUUAAUGUGUGAAGUAGCUGAAAUUAAAGAAGCAACAGCUAUUGUUGGUAAUGAUUUAAAAUGUGGCCACUGAUCGGUAAUAUUUAUGGACAAAACGUAUAUAUUCACUAAAUUAAUAAGGGAAAAAAUUGAUGUCAUUUAAGUUUUUACGAGUUACAACGAUUAAAUACUGGAAGAGAAAGUAGAUUAAUUUAUUUAUGAAUUCAUAACUUAGUUAUUAAAUAAUUUAAGAACAAGUGAUAAUUGAUGCUGACGUACUAGCCGUAUUUGUA